CGCAUAUCAGAAAUAUCCGGGCAAUCCGUUUGACGUCACGUGGUUUCCCAUGCCCUUUCUUUUCAUACACCAUCACAGCUCAAGGAGCCGGUUGGGUCAUUCUCUUCGUCUGAAGUAAUCCGUUUUAACUGAAACAGAGAUGUCGUCUAAAAAACUUAGUUUCGCGGAAAACUUCGCCCUCAGUGGAGCUGCUGCAGUCAUCUCCAAAACUGCUGCAGCCCCAAUUGAAAGAAUCAAGCUGUUGGUCCAGAACCAGGAUGAAAUGCUUAAAACUGGUCGUUUGAGUGAGCCAUACAAGGGAGUCAUUGACUGCACAAUGCGUACCUACAAGACUGAAGGUGUUCUCCCAUUCUGGAGAGGAAACUUGGCCAACUGCAUUCGAUACUUCCCAACUCAGGCUCUUAACUUUGCCUUCAAGGACAAGAUCAAGCAGCUCUUCAAAGCCUCCAAGAAGGACAGCUACAUGCUUGGAUUUGCCAAAAACAUUGGAUCCGGAGGUCUUGCUGGAGCUAUGUCACUCUGCUUUGUCUACUCCCUCGACUACUGCCGAACGCGUCUUGCCAAUGAUGCCAAGUCGGCUGGAAAAGGUGGUGGAGAGCGUCAGUUCAAUGGAAUGGUUGAUGUAUACAGGAAAACCAUUGCAUCUGAUGGAUUAGUUGGACUGUACAGAGGUUUCGUCAUCUCUUGCGUGGGCAUCGUUGUCUACAGGGGUUGCUAUUUUGGCUUUUAUGACACUCUACGACCAAUUCUCCUUGGAGAUGAUGCUAGUGUCAUCCUUUCAUUUGCUUUAGGAUAUGUUGUCACAAUUAGCGCUGGUCUAGUUUCCUACCCCAUUGACACAAUCAGAAGACGCAUGAUGAUGACCUCUGGUGAAGCCGUCAAGUACAAGGGAUCAUGGGAUUGUGCCAUGGUCAUUGUCAAGAAUGAAGGCUUCAUGAGCUUGAUGAAGGGAGCUGGAGCCAACAUUCUCAGAGGUGUAGCUGGUGCUGGUGUACUGGCUGGAUUUGAUAAAUUCCAAGCCCUCUACAUUCAAUGGCGUGUAGGAAGGAAUUAAUGUGACCAAUUGUAAUAGCGACAUUUCAGUGAGUGAAUUAUUUUUAUGUGGUUGAACAAUACAGACAGUCUGUUAAUUGAUUUGAACUGCAAAAGGGUGUUUUGAAGAAAUUUUGUACAAAACUGCAGUUGUGUGGUAACACAUUUCAUAUUUACUUGUAUUUCAUAUUAACAUCUGAAUACCUGAAAAUGCAUUGUUAAUAAAAUAAGUUAUUACAGAACGACAA